AUGUACGGCAUCAUCAACUCGAUCCUCGCCAUUCCCGGUAUAUACGGCUACGCUGUCAUCAUCUUCAGCCACGAGGACUUCUCCGAAUUCAUGCCGGCGCUGUCCAAGCUCGUCAUCUUCUCGUGCUUCAUACAUCAAGUCGUGUUUGCACUGCUGAGCUCGCUGCCCUUCGCCAUCGGACAGGUGCAGGACGCCGGUCUCAUCUUCUUAGGCGUCAUGGCCACCUCCAUCUGCAACUCGCUGGGCGAGGAGGUGUCUCCAGCGGCCAAAGUGACGACUUCGAUUGUUACCAUUGGCAUUGCAACCGCGCUGCUGGGUGUCAGUCUUGUGAUCAUGGGCCGCCUGAGGCUGGCAGUCUUUGCGUCUUACCUACCGAUCCCCGUCAUCGGGGGCUACCUGGCGUUCAUCGGUGUGUUCUGGUUCUACGCUGGGUUUGCGUUGUGCACGGGUCUUGCGGUUAACGGUCUCGAGUCAAUGAUCAGAGUUUUCUACGACACGCACAACCUACUGCUGUGUAUACCUGGCUUCCUGGGCGGCAUAUUCUUCCUUGUGGUAUCCCAACGUUACGACAAUUCCUUCAUCCUAUCUGGGGCGAUUAUGGCCAUGCCAGUGAUGUUCUUCUUCAUUGUGUUGGUAAGCGGUAUUUCGCUGGAGGAAGCGCGCGACGGAGGGUGGAUCGACUCCGCACAGGAACCCGCUACCGUCACGGAUCUUCUUAACCUCGUGGACUUCUCUCAGGUGCGUUGGGAUCAGCUACCAAAGCAGUGGGGAACGUGGCUCGGCAUGGUAUUCAUCGUGGCAAUUGGGUCUUGCUUGGAUGUUGCGGCUAUCGAGAUCGAAAUGGGCACGAAACUCGACUUCAACCAUGAACUCAAGACUGUCGGCUGGUCGAACGUUAUAAGUGGUCUGCUUGGUGGAUACACGGGCUCUUACAUCUUCUCCCAGACCAUUUUUACUUGCCGAUCUAAGACAAACUCACGGAUUGUAGGCAUUUGUGUCGCCCUGGCUGAGCUAGCGGUCGUCAUCGCCCCCGUUUCCGUCAUGAGCUACUUGCCUCGCUUCUUCUUCGCGGCCACGGUUGUGUUCAUCGCAAUUGAUCUAAUGAUCGAGUGGCUCGUGCUCACGUACUGGAAGAUGCCUCUGCGUGAGUACGCUGUGCUAUGGCUGACAUUCAUCGCCGUUAACUUUGUGUCGCUCGAUGUGGGCAUGCUUAUUGGCCUGGGUAUCGCGAUCCUUAAUUUCCUGCUGGACUUCGUGCGUCUACCCGUUGUAGUUCGCAAGCAAUGUUCGUCCGGUACUAUGCGUACUGCUGCAGAGCGAAGUUAUCUGGACCAGCAGCGAGAUACAAUCGCGUGCUUCGAGUUGAGUGGCCUGCUCUUCUUCGGGUCCUCGGUGCAAAUUCUCAACAGUAUUCAGAAGGCCGUCUACAUUCGCAAAGUGCAACACAGUACAAGUAAUGUCGAUGGAGAUAUAGUUGGUGACCCGGAUGCGCUGCUAGAACUGGAGGCAAAUCAAGCACUUUGCACACAAUGCUUGGACGGAAGCCCCACUCCUCAUUCGGAUGCAGCGCCAACCGACUUCGUUGUCAUGGACUUCAGUGGAGUAUCAGGCAUGGACGCCACUGUCGCGCGCAGUGCAUUCUUGAUUCUGCAAAAGUACUGCACCAAUUACGGCAUCACAGUUCUCUAUGCUGCAACUCUCCCCACAAUCACCAAGUUGCUGCUCCAGAAUGACGUCGUGGACAAGGAAAGACUCUUCACCAGCCGAGAAUCAGCGCUCGAGUUCUGUGAGAAUCAACUGCUGAUUUCUGCCAGCUUCGCCGUUAAAGUGACCACUUUGUCUCCAGUGGCUGCGACUCAUGAUCCAUAA